UCACACUGUUCACCGAGACGUUGCUAAUCAUUAAUGUGUUGAUUUCACCAUCGUUUACUGCUGAGUAAAGUCUCGGAAGUUCAUAUUGUCCCUCGUGCAUGAAAAAGAAGAACAUCAUGGGUACGACCGUGGACACCGAGAAUCAUCGGUAUCCUUUUUGUGUUGUUUGGACUCCUCUCCCUGUAUUUUCGUGGCUGUUCCCAUUCAUUGGUCACAUGGGGAUUUGCAACUCGGCAGGAAUCAUUCGAGACUUUGCUGGCCCGUAUCGUGUGUCCGAAGAUAAUAUGGCAUUUGGAAACCCAACGAGGUAUUGGCAGUUGAAUCCUACUAAAGUUGCUGGUGGUGCUGCCAAAUGGGAUCAGGCUGUUAGAGAAUCUUCUGAUAUUUAUUCUUCCAGAAUGCAUACAAUUUGUGAUAACUGCCAUUCUCAUGUUGCGACGGCUUUAUGUUUGAUGGAAUACAACAAGCAGAAUAAUUGGAAUAUGUUUAAAGUAGGCAUUUUCAUCUUAUGGCAUGGCAAGUCUGUCGGAGCUGCUGGAUUCCUGAAAACAUACCUUCCAGCGACCGUCAUUUACAGCAUAUGUUUAGUGAUAGUUGUACAACAGUGGCUCUAAUUUUUUUACUGACUGUACCACUACCUUGGUAUUUUGAACAGCGGAGCAUUACUCAGUAUUAUUUCAAUGUGAAAUCGAGUAGGUACAUAAUUUGUAGACUCAAGAUCAUGAAAGUGGAUUCCAUUGGAAUAAUAAGUUGGAAACUCAGCAUUAUUCUUUACGGCUGAUUUUGAGUAUGUCACUAUCAACUGCCAUCAGCUUUUGCGCACAUGCAUUAGAUGAAACUUUGAUUUAUUUAUGUGUUGAGUAUGGUUUAAUGUUAAAUCUUUUAAAGCUAGACUCUAAAUUUUGAAUUAGUCCAGUUCUGUUAAAUAUGAAGCUGCUUAAUUGCAAUCUUUGUCAAAGGAUCAAGCCUCUUUUGCAACAGCUAUUGUAAUUCUGAGACGUCAUUAACACUGUUAGGGUCUUCCCUUGAAGGGAGCAGAGGGUUGAACACGAGAUAAGAUACUCAGUAGACGAAGGACGUGAUAGCAACGUGCAUCGGGAGAUGCCACUCCGACAUCCCUGGACAGCUAGGCGACAGUGCUGCCUUAGAACCGGCUCGCCUUUGAACAUGAUUACUAAACCAAUGGUACUGCGCCUAUCAAUCUCAUCUUCUGCGUAGUUAGUGUCACAGUACACAUACAAGUCAUCAUCCAUCUCACCAUUAUAUCUGAUAUCGGCAACAUUGUUACCAUUUAGGUAGGGGAAAAUGCGCUUUAGGUUAGUGACAUCUAUUUUCAUCGGAUGUUCCAUUUUUGAGGACUUAUAUGUAACAAUAGCGGUCGCUGCCAUCCGCUAUUAUUAGGGAAAACGCUUUUUUCGAAUUCUGGAGCCGUGAAGAAUGCCUGUGCGAAGUUUCAGACUUCCAGCGCAAUAUUUCGGCAAGUUAUGAACUGAUGAAAACCAUUUUAUUUGUAAAAAUAGGGGAUAUGAGAAUCCUCUGUUCUCUGCAGCGGGCGCGGCAGGACACCUAGGAGAUUCGAACGCACUUGCUGUUAUAUCCUAAAAACUUAGGAUGAUGAAAAGAGAGAAAGUGAAUGAGGCUUGCGCGAGCAAAAACGGGGUGUGUUGAUAAGCACAACUACAAGGUUGCCCUGCAGGCUGUGACACCUAGUAGUGCCAAUAUGCACUACUUGACACAUGCUACCAACUGAUGUAAUACCUAGUUUCCCUGCCCAUUUUAAAAUCAAAGGGAUUUUAAUAGGAGUAUAUACAGGAAAAAUUUAAGCUCUGUUAUAAAAUUUACAAGAAAAAUAUUCAAAGGGAGAAUGGAUUUACAAUUUUCAAGAGUUGUCAGGGCAGAAGAUGAGUUAGAGUAACUAACAAUAAAAUAAAACAAUAACAACCAUAAAAUACUACAAACAUAAUUCUAUGCUACUAUACUAUACUAUACUAUACUAUACUAUACUAUACUAUACUAUACUAUACUAUACUAUACUAUACUAUACUAACAAACAUAAAACCUAAACAAUAAAAUUUAAUGAGUUCUCAUUACCCUCUGGGCAUGGCCAUCCCCCCUUUUUUUGCAAGAAGGAUACAGAGGGGACGGGUUUAACUAGUAAACAGACAUUUGAGAGAAUUUUGCCUUAACGUAUAGGGGGAGAGAAAGCAAAAGUAAAUUACUUUCUAAGAAAAUAAUGCAGUGCUGCCUCCCGGCCCAGGCAAGACCCUGCUCGUUUUUUUAUCUCUGAGUUCAACUUUUAUUUUGUGUAAAACUGAUUCACUUUACUUCCUAUAAUUGCAAUCGAUUUUAUGCAUCCUAUGCAGUCCUGAACAUAUUUCUUGAGGGGCGAUCUCAAAUCAUUCGAAAACGUCCGAUGUCCAUCAUUUUCCUUUUUCCGCUGAUACCUAACUUUCAUUGAGACCUCUAAAGAAAUAAAAUAAUUUUUUUUGUUUCACUAGAAGUCUGAAAUAAUGUUUCACUCUAAUUUCAGGGGUUUUUUUUGGGGGGGGGGACAAAGUAAUUACUUGGGGGCAAAUUUUUGCGAUUCUUGCGAGAACGUCUGAUGUCCAGCGCCCUUUUUUACUUUCUCACUACCCUAGGGUAGAGGAAGUAUUUAAAAUUACUUAGAGGAAGUAUUUAAAAUUACUUAGCACUGGGUGGGAGUUGAGUAUGGAAACAGUUUUGUGCCACUUUUACAACCCUGUACUAAGAUCCGAAUACUUCUUACGUGUGUUAAAUUUUGAUUUAAAAAAAAAAACACGAUAUAUCAGCGUUAUUAAGCUCCAAAUUAUUUAUUGUCCUAAAUCCUCCGCAUCCAUCGCACAACCGAAGUAGCACACAAAUAUAAAAUUUACCAAAAAAAAAUUCGUAAAAAAAGAUGUAUAAUAUACCAAAAGUGAAAUGCCGAUGUAGUCUUUUGUACAAGAAUAACUCAUAAAAAGUACACGAUUUUUUACGUUAAAAAAUCGAGUUCUUUAUGUAAAAAGUUCUGCGCAAAAAAACUCCUGCUUUCUUAAAUUCAAUAAAAUGAUAAAUCGUAAAGAUUAAUGCAGACUUUUUACAUACCUGGAUCUAUCGUCAAUUAAUUCUCCUUGAGAUCAACUUUCAAAUUAUUAUCUCUCUGUCAGGAAUUGAACCUAAGACCUGCCUAUCAGGAUUGGAAUGCGCUAUCUACUGAGCAAACGAGGCUUCUGUAUGAAAGGGGCGAAGUUGCUCUGAAUAUUUUUAUCGUCGCAUGUGCGUGAGAACGAAUUGCUGAAUAUUUUUUGAAUUUGGAAAAAGUGGAUGAAGGCAAAAACUAAUAUUUAUCAUGGAUAUUUUAAAGAUGGUAUAUCUACUUUCAAAAGUACCUUUGUUGUUUAUGAAUAUGUGAAAAAAAUUAAGUGCAUCUUAAUAAUUUGUCCCCCUUUUGUUCUUUUUCUUUUCUUAAAUUUGAUUACAACAUGCAUCAAUUUUUUAUAAGAAUGUCUCAACUAUUUUAAUAAAGAUAAGUUAUUAAAAUCUUCUCGAACUUUUAAAAACUCUGGUUUCUUCAUUCAGAACAACGUGUUUUUGCAUCCAGUUUUCGGACUAUAGGUACUUUUUUUAUAAAAAAUCUUUAGGGGACAUUAGAAUUUUUUGCUUAAUUUCCUUGUAAAAAAAACCGUAAAGGUUUUUCCUGUUUGGUCAAUUUAGCGAAUUUUCAGCGCAGACAUUCUCCCCCUGCUACAAAUAUUUUUCUUUGGAAAAAUAUCUAGCUUUAUUUUUCAUACACAUUUCAUACACGUUUCAUAUACAUUUCAUGAUACAGAUAUCUAGGCAAUUCCAUUGCUACACAUAUUUCUAUUGGAAAGAUAUCUAACUUUAAUUCUCUCCAAGGAAAUUCAGUACAGUACCAGUUACAGUACAACUUAAAGAAAUUUCCCACUUAAACGCAAGAUACUAAAUCAACACGGCCAUAAUCGGCUUAACAAAAGGCGAGGGGUAGCUCACGAUAACAGGCAGCUGGAAACUGGCUCGGUAAGUGCAGCAUUCAAAAGUUCAACACUGGGAGAUUGUAUAAUGCACUGGUGGGAUAAACUGUCCGGGUAAGAGCAUCAUUCGAAGCAUCAAACUGGAACUGGAGCUUCACCAGAACUAGAACUCAGAACUGGAACUGCAACUGGAACCGGAACUGGAACCCUGUGGUGAAACAUUUCCCACAUUGUUUAAUUCAAAGCUCAGGCAAAACAUACCUAACUGAUUUUCUAGGCCUUAUGGGCAACGCACAUUAUAAUAGCUAAAAAUAACUCUGUUCGCUUCACAAGUUACAGUAAGACUCGACUUUAACUGACUAGACUCUAACUGACUAGAAAAAACUUUACGCUGACAAAAUUUGAUUGCCUGAUUCUUAUGCAACAUUCAGAAUAAUAAAAGUACAAAUAGAGAUCCUUUUGCCUUAGGGGCUUUGUGGUACUUAGGUGUCGAGUUGCUGAUAACAGAGAAUUUAGGCUUAAGGCCAUGUGCUGAUAAGCAUAUCACUUCUGCCAUAGGGGCUAAACUACAAAA